AUGUUGAGUCUCAAAUUGAUCACUUGUCCUUCACUCAGACUCUGCAUACCUGUCCGAUAUUAUUGGUACAGGAGAGGUUAUGUACCACCGAUACUGGAACCGGGUUUGUAUCCGUAUCCUAAGCGUCAAGUACCAGAAUGUGGUAGGAAAGCGUUUGAAGAGAGAAUGAAAGAAUUGUCCAUUAAACCGAAAGAUAUGUCAUCGUUAGAACCUGUUGAUAUUGGUCUUCCAUAUGUACCAUCCAAGUCGUCAGUAUCAUUUCCAAAGAGGUUAGAUUUAGAAAUUCAAGCCCGUAAAAGGACACUACAAGUUCCACUUGAUGUAAUUCACUCACCGAAAGAAGACACUGAAGCUGCAAUGCGUCGGUUCAAUAUUGCUAAACACUAUGAUAUUUUUGGUUCACUUUAUGGUCCACCUCAUGUUUUUAUUCCUGUUGUGGAUUUUAAUAUUGAGUAUUUUAAGCCAGUCAACGAAGGAAUUGAUAUUUCAGACAAAACGGACAAUGAGAAUAGUCUGUCUUAUGUACAACCUGUUUUCUAUGGCAAUCUAGUAUCUGCCUGUACAGCUCAGGAACGUCCAUUUAUUAACUUGUCUACAGUCCCAGAAAAUUUCUAUUGGACUUUAUUAAUGACUUGUCCAGAUGAACCAGUUGGUAGUGAGGAUUCUGAAGCGCCUAAUGAAUAUAUUCAUUGGAUGGUGACAAAUCUGCAGCCUUCACCUGAAGGUUGCGUUGGAGGUGAGGAAAUUAUUUCCUAUAUGCCUCCGUUACCAUAUCAAGGAACUGGGUACCACCGAUAUAUUUUUAUUCUUUACCGACAAGAUCGUGGGCAAGUUAAUCUUGAUAACUGGCGAAGAGGUGAGCCUAGUAGAGAUUUUCGAUUGGAACGAAGUUUCAGCACAUUAGAAUUUUAUCGAGGUUUACAAGACGAGUUAACUCCAGCUGGCUUGGUAUUCUUCCAGUCAAUAUGGGAUGAUAGUGUACGAUCAUAUUAUCGUUCGAAACUUGAUAUCCCUGAACCUGUCUUUGAAAUUCAGUGGCCAGAUCCCCGUGUACCACCGCAGGAGAAGUUUCCAGUUGUUAAUACAUGGACUAAACCGCGUCGACAUCCACAUGGAAUACCUCUUAUCAGAGAAAGAUAUGGUGUACACAAUGAUGUAUCAUUUGAUGUCUACCUGGACCGUUAUCGAGACCGCAAAGAAUUGUACGAAGAGAUUAUUCACGAACGACUGCGUAGCGAAGGAAAUCCUCUGAAUGAAGAAGAACCUCGUCGUAAAAGAUAUGAAUACCCAGCAGCUGUUCCAAUGCCACCAGAUAUGCCCAGUUGGUGGGUUAAGCAAGAAACUCAGCGACGUCUUCGUCUUGGUAGAUGGAAAGAGUUGGAUGGCCAUCAUGACUAA